AUGGACCCUGCAUCACCCGCUCGUCGCUCGCCCCCCCGCCCCAGCCGGCGACUCUAUGACAGGUAUGACUACUACGUCGUUCACCUGGCUCAAUCCGUCUCCCCCGACCAAGUCGCAGACCGCUUCGGCAUGCAAAACGAUGGCCCGCUCCCGAGUCUCAGCGACCACUUCCUCUUGCGUGCCCGCAAGACACACCACGACGUGCUAAAACGGGAGCUUCAGGAGCACAGGCGCAGGAAACGAGACUUGGCCGGCCCCGAUGUCCUCGACGGCGUCUUGCUGGCCAGGAAGCAGGUGCCGCGCAUGCGUCUCGAGAAGCGCUUCAUUCCCCCUCCCCCCGACUCAGCCCUCGACCUCCGCGCAUCUAGUCCCUCGGCCGAUGCUGCCACUGUCGAGAGGCAGAAUCUGCUCAUGGACAAGCUCAACAUCAGGGAUCCCAUAUUCAAGGAGCAGUGGCACCUCAUCAACACCCUCCAGCCCGGCCACGAUAUCAACGUCACCGGCCUUUGGCUCGAGGGCACCACUGGCUUCAAUGCCACCGUCGCAAUCAUCGACGAUGGCAUCGACAUGCACAGUGACGAUCUGAAGCAAAACUACUUUGCCGAGGGCUCCUGGGACUUCAACGACAACCAAGCCGUCCCCGAGCCAAAGCUGUCAGACGACAGGCACGGCACCCGCUGCGCUGGCGAGGUCGCUGCCGUCCGGAACGACGUCUGCGGCAUCGGCGCCGCCUACAACGCCCGCGUCGCCGGCAUCCGAAUCCUCAGCAAGCCCAUCAGCGACGCCGACGAGGCCGACGCCAUGGUCUUUGGGAACCAGGAGAACCAAAUCUACUCGUGCUCCUGGGGGCCCCGAGACGACGGCAGGUCCAUGGAAGCUCCCGGCAUCCUCAUUCAGAGGGCCAUUCUCAAGGGCAUCCAAGAGGGCCGAGGCGGCCUCGGCUCCAUUUACGUAUUUGCCAGCGGCAACGGCGCGGCGAGCGGCGACAACUGCAACUUUGACGGCUACACAAACUCCAUCUACAGCAUCACCGUCGGAGCUGUGGACCGCGCCGGCCACCAUCCCUACUACUCGGAGCUUUGCUCGGCGCAGCUCGUCGUCACCUACAGCAGCGGCGGCGGCGAUUCCAUUCAUACGACCGACGUUGGCGUCAAUCGGUGCACCUCGACUCACGGCGGCACCUCGGCAGCCGCCCCCCUCGCUGCCGGCAUCUUCGCCCUCGUCAUGCAGGUCCGGCCCGACUUGACCUGGAGAGACAUGCAGUACCUAGCCAUGGAUACCGCCAUCCCUGUUCAAGACAAGCAGGAGAGCUGGAAGAAGACGGCCAUCGGGAAGCAGUACAGCCACUACUUUGGCUACGGCAAGAUUGACAGCUACGCCCUUGUCGAAAAGGCCAAGACGUGGAAAAAAGUAAUGCCACAAGCCUGGCUCUUCUCGCCGUGGGUGCACGUCGGGACGGCCAUCCCCGAAGGCGAGCACGGGCUCGUCACCCACUUCGAAGUCACCGCCGACGCCAUCAGGUCGGCAAACCUAGCGCGCCUCGAGCACGUCACCGUCACGAUGAACUUGAAUCACACUCGCCGCGGCGACGUGAGCGUAGACUUGAUCAGCCCGGAGAACGUCGUCAGCCAUAUUGCGACGGCACGGGCGCACGACAACCACAGGGGCGGCUACGACGACUGGACCUUUAUGACCGUCGUUCACUGGGGCGAAUCCGGCAUUGGCAACUGGAGCCUGGUCGUUCACGACACCAAGCAGAAUGAGCACCAGGGAAUGCUGGUCGAUUGGCAUCUCAAGCUGUGGGGCGAGGCUAUCGACGCCGCCAAGGCGUACCCCCUACCCAUGCCCAAUGCGACCGAUGACGACGAUCACGACAGAAUCCAAUCGACCAUCACGGGCCCUGUGGCGACGUCGACGGUGAUUCCGCUGCCUGAAGAGCCGACAUCAAUCGCUAUCCCCACGGACCACCCCGAGCGUCCCACGAAACCUGGCGCCAAGCCGACGCCCACGGCCACGAGCACACCGGGCGUGACGCCGCCCAUAUUUACCAAGCCGGGCCCGGUGUGGCUCUACGGGGCGCUGUGCCUCAUUAUCGUCUUCUGCGUGGGACUGGGCGCGUACCUCUGGGUGGCCCGGCGCCGGCGCCUGCGCAACCAGGCGCGCGACAACUACGAAUUCGAGCUCAUCGACGAGGAGGAGCUCGAGGCCCUCGACGGCGGCGAAAAGGACGGUCUAGGCGGCCGGCGCGGCCGGCGGACGCGGGGCGGCGAGCUAUACGACGCCUUUGCCGGAGGCAGCGACGAUGACGACGGCGACGAGGGCCAUGGCGACGCGGGGCUAGGCGCGUACAAGGACCAGUCGGCCGAGAGAUUGGUGGGCGAGGACGAGGCGGAACAGUACGUGGUGGGCGAGGAGAGCGACGACGACGGCGGCGCAGACGGCGGCGGCGAGGGUAGAGGCGGCGGCGGCGCAGGCGACGACGCGAGCCUCUUGGGCGUCAGGGGCCGCAGGGGGUGA